CAAAGAUCGCUGCUAACAAAGCAGAGUAUUCGGAUAUUCCUAUCGAUCAACCGGAAUUAUUUCUCAAACGGUUAUCCGGUAUAAAGCACUUUUCCGAAAGGAUAACUUGCUUGAUGCCUCAAUCGGAGUUCCAAGACGCAAUCUCAUCGGUCUCGUAUAAAUUAAACAAUGUACGAAUUACCUGUGACUUUUUGAUGCAGUCCGAGUCUUUGAGGAAAGUCAUAGCCAUCAUACUGACUCUGGGCAAUUACAUGAACGGUGGGCAAUAACAUGAUGCGCGGCCAGGUUGAUGGCUUCGGUCUGGAGAUUCUUGGCAAACUGAAAGACGUAAAGUCAAAUGUACCCGAGAUCACCCUGUUGCACUAUGUUGUCAAUGCCAAACUAUCUCAGGAUAAAGAGCACAACUUUGGCGAACCGUUACCUCUACCUGUCCCUGAACCUGGCGACGUCGAGGUCGCAUCUACGAUCAAGUUUGAUGAUAUUGUCAAGGAACUUGACAGAUUGGAAAAGGAAUUACAGAUAUGCGCGAAAAAGUGUAACACUGUCAUGGAAGAGGAUCCAAUUACGUCCAUGUCAUUCAAGGAGAAAGUGGAUUCGUUUGUAGCGAGGGCGAAUAUCGAACUGGCAAACGAAAAAGAAGAGUUACUCGAGGCUAAAAACAGAUUCAAGGCCGUAAUGCGAUUUUAUCAGUUCGUUCCAAAAGGCGCCACAAUGGAACGCGGAACCUUACGAUUUCUUCAAUCUAUGGUUUACUUUUUGUCAGGAUUUCAAGGAUAUCUGGAAAAAGGAACAGCAGCGAAUACGAAAGGAACGGAUGGAAGAAGCUCGCAAGAAACUCGAAAAAAAAUUCGAUGAGAAUGCCAUUAAAUCCUCACGGGUUAAAGGCACG